AUGGAACGCAAGCGCAAAGAUAAGCGAGUUGGUCACGCGCGAUGUGGUACCAAGGGCAAAGAUAAGCGAGUUGGUCCCGCACGAUGUGGUACCAAGCGCAAAGAUAAGCGAAUUGGUCACGCGCGAUGUGAUGGUAGCAAAAGCAAAGAUGAGAGACUUGGUCACGCGCGAUGUGAUGGUAGCAAAAGCAAAGAUGAGCGACUUGGUCACGCGCGAUGUGGUACCAAGCGCAAAGAUAAGCGGGUUGGUCACGCGCGAUAUGGUAGCAAGCGCAAAGAUAAGCGGGUUGGUCACGCGCGAUGUGGUACCAAGCGCAAAGAUAAGCGAGUUGGUCACGCGCGAUGUGGUAGCAAGCGCAAAGAUAAGCGAGCUGGUUCCGCGCGAUGUGGUACCAAGCGCAAAGAAAAGCGAGUUGGUCACGCGCGAUGUGAUAGCAAGCGCAAAGAUAAUAGAGUUGGUCAAGCGCGAUGUGGUAGCAAGCGCAAAGAUAAGCGAGUUGGUUCCGCGCGAUGUGGUACCAAGCGCAAAAAAAAACGAGUUGGUCACGCGCGAUGUGAUAGCAAGCGCAAAGAUAAUAGAGUUGGUCAAGCGCGAUGUGGUACCAAGCGCAAUGUAAGCGAGUUGGUCACGCGCGAUGUGGUAACAAGCGCAAAGUUAAGCGAGUUGGUUCCGCGCGAUGUGGUAAAAAAGCGCAAAGAAAAGCGAGCUAGUCACGCGCGAUGUGAUAGCAAGCGCAAAGAUAAUAGAGUUGGUCAAGCGCGGUGUGGUACCAAACGCAAAGUAAGCGAGUUGCUCACGCGCUAUGUGGUACCAAGCGCAAAGCGAGUUGGUCACGCGCGAUGUGAUGGUAGCAAGAGCAAAGAUGAGCGAGUUGGUCCCGCACGAUGUGGUACCAAGCGCAAAGAUAAGCGACUUGGUCACGCGCGAUGUGGUUUUGGGGCGGAGGGGUCAUUCUCCUGA